AUUUGAACACUUAAGAUGAAGAGCUAGGAUAAUAAAUCUGCUUCAUAAUCUUAUUAAUUUCUUGAUAAAUUAGGUGAAGGGUAUAUAUAAUCUUUUAAGCUUAAGUUCUUUUGGAUUUAUAUGGAAAGUGAAGCAUAUUUUGACUGGAUAGAUAUUUGCAUGUAAAUUAGUAAAGAACACAAUGAAAAAAGAGAGAACACUUCUUUAAAGAGAAAUAAAGAUUUUAUAAUUGUUAAAAGGAAAAAAAGGUAAUAUUUGAUCUACUAAAAUGAAGGAUUUACCUAAUUGAUAGCAUCUGGUUAAGAUCAUAGGAAUACUUAUUUUAUAAUGAAUUUGUUGGGAGAAAACCUAGAAUAAGUAAGAACAAAAUAUGGGAAUUUCGAUAAUACAUCUAUAUUAAAUAUAGGAUAAUAGAUGAUUUAAUUAUUGAAAGAGUUACAUAAUUCUAAUAUAAUCCAUAGAGAUAUAAAACCUGAGAAUUUUGUAGUUUUUUAAGAUAAACUUUAUUUAAUUGAUUUUGGAUUAUCCAAAUAAUAUAUUUAAGAUGGAAAACAUACCGAAUUCAAAGAAAAUAAAGGUAUGAUUGGAACUGCAAGAUAUGCUUCCAUAAAUUCUUUGAGAGGUAAUGAAUAAUCUAGAAGAGAUGAUUUAGAAUCAGUAGGUUAUUUAUUAAUUUACUUAUACUUGGGUACUUUACCAUGGAAUAAUAUUGUAGCUGAAGACAAGAGUGUUAAGUAUUAUAAAAUAUAGAGAAUGAAAGAAGCAUUUAAACCAGAAACAUAUAUUAAUCUACCUUCUGAAUUAUCAAAAUAUUUGGAAUAUGUGAGAAGAUUGAAAUUUGAUUAAUAACCAGAUUAUGAUUUUAUGUUCCGAUUAUUCAAAAGAGGAGAAGAUUAUACCGGAGUUCCAAAAUUGUAAAUCUAAUAAAAUCAUAUGCCAUUUAAAACAAAUUUAGUACAUAUAAAGAACAGAGAUAGAACAUAAUGUUAAACAACUCGUAAAUUGUUUAAAUAAAUUGAAAACACAAGUCGAAGAAUUACUUUUGAAGAUUUAAGCUCUGCUGGAGCAGAUAUUAUGGAAGAAUUAAAUAAUAAUGAAAGAAUCUAAUUAUAAAAUCUAUCAGUUGGGAUUAAAUAACCAAAUUCAUUUGAUAAAAUCAACAAAAUUAGAAUGGCAUCGGAAUAAAUCUUUGAAAUUGAAAAUAAACUUCAAUUUCAAACACCUUUUUCAUUAAAAUAAUUAUAAUGA